AUGGAAGGAUCCAUUUUUCUCUUCCGAUACCAAAUUGUUCUGAAGUUGAGAAGAAUUAAAGGGAAAGCAUGAAACCGUAUCUCCUACCCCAUCACUCUCUUUCUUUCCCCCUCUCUUUCCCUCCACGCCGUAAUACUCCGUAAGUGAAUAGGGAAUUCAAGUUGAUCAUAAAAUGGCUCCUUUGCGACUAGACUUUGGUUGAUUAAUGAGCCAAGGAAAUCAUUCUAUUGCAUAACAAUAAAUCAUUGUAGUGUUUGGUGUGGUAUAAUAAGCUCCCUCUUUUUGUGACCAUUAAAAGGGUAUCACAAAUAAUUAUUCUACUCCUCAUUACUUCAACCUCCCUAAUCAAAUUAACGUUUUCCCUUAAUAUAAUUGGAUUUCUGGUUUGUAUAUUGUAUAAUUGAGGGGCAGAGAUGAAUGAUGCUCAAUUGAUGAAAGGAGAUAAGCUAGUAUUAAGGGGGUUGAAGUUUCAUGGUUUUCAUGGGGUGAAACCUGAAGAAAAAAAACUGGGUCAAAAAUUUGUGGUGGAUGUAGAUGCUUGGAUGGAUUUGCGCAAGGCUGGCAUAUCAGACUGUUUGUCUGACACUAUCAGUUACUCAGAGAUUUAUCGCAUAGUCAAGGAGGUGGUAGAGGGAACAUCUCGUGAUCUUUUGGAGUCCGUAGCUCAACAAAUCGCAACUAUCACCUUUAGUAAGUUUUCCCAAAUAUCCGCUGUACGUGUGGAGGUUAAGAAACCUCAUGUUGCAGUUCAGGGCCAGAUAGACUACUUGGGAGUUGAAAUUUUCCGCUCAAAACCUGCUGACACAAUAUGAUCUUGGACAUAACCCUUUGCCCCUUGCUCCUCUUUUAUCUAUGUUUAUUUUUUCUUCCCUUCUAAAAGGGUGUGUGUAAACUUGUAAUGUUGAAUCUUAUGCAAAUAAUUGUUUGUAUUUUGGGCAAACAGUGGAUAAUAUUUCAUUCUGCAGGUCUUAUAAUAAACAUAACAGUCAGGUGCAAAUUGUACAUCACAUAUAAUCCUGAGUUUGUGUUUAACUUCAGAGCUGGAUAUUCGAGUACAAAGGUCGAGUUGGCAUAAGAUUUCAUUUGUACAGAUAGAUAAUAACUUGGGAGAUCAAGUUUCAUAAAGUAUUCAAUUGUUCAGUGA